CGAAGGAGCCUCGCAAGAACGCCAGUAGCUCCACGUGUGAGCGUGAAGUUCUCGCCUUUUGGGUUGAAGCGUUAAAUCCACGACGUACAUCUGACGCCGGCAGCUGGAUAGGCCCGGCCGGUGACCCAGGGGUGUCCUGCCCGCGGAGCCUGCAGGGAGCUCGGAGGGUGACCGGACACUUGUGUGACUUGCAGGUCGUGAGAGGCGAGCUGGAGGAUGUGUGGGCGAACAUCCUGUCACUUGCCGAGGGAUGCUCUCACCCGAGCCUGCGCCUAUCGGGACCGGCAGGGCCAGCAGCGGCUCCCGCAGUGGAAGGACCCUGAUAGGUACUGUCCCUCCUACAACAAGAGCCCGCAGUCCAGCAGCCCAGUGCUUCUCUCUCGACUGCACUUCGAGAAGGAUGCGGACUCAUCAGAGCGAAUCAUUGCUCCCAUGCGGUGGGGCUUAGUCCCAUCCUGGUUCAAAGAGAGUGAUCCUUCCAAGCUGCAGUUCAACACCACCAACUGCCGCAGUGACACCAUCCUGGAGAAACAGUCAUUCAAGGUGCCUCUGGGAAAGGGAAGACGCUGUGUUGUUUUAGCUGAUGGAUUCUACGAGUGGCAGCGAUGUCAGGGAACAAGCCAGAGGCAGCCAUACUUCAUCUAUUUCCCUCAGAUCAAGUCAGAGAAGCCAGGCAGCAAGGACACUGCAGACAAUCCUGAUUACUGGGACAAGGUCUGGGACAACUGGAGGCUGCUGACAAUGGCAGGGAUCUUUGACUGUUGGGACCCCCCAGGGGGAGGAGAGCUCCUGUACUCCUACACCAUCAUCACAGUGGACUCCUGCAGAAGCCUGAGAGACAUCCACCACAGGAUGCCUGCCAUACUAGAUGGAGAGGAGGCUGUCUCCAAAUGGCUUGAUUUUGGCGAGGUUUCUACUCAGGAAGCUCUGAAGUUAAUCCACCCCACAGAGAACAUCACCUUCCAUCCAGUCUCUCAAGUGGUGAACAACUCUCGAAACAGUACUCCUGAGUGUUUGGCUCCUGUCCACUUGAUAACUAACAAGGAGCCCAAGGUGAGUGGAAGCAGUCAAAGAAUGAUGCAGUGGCUGACCACAAAGUCACCCAAGAAGGAAGCUCCUCAAACACCCCAAAAGGAUGAAUCGGAUAUACCCCAGUGGUCCAGCCAGUUCCUACAGAAGAGCCCAUUGCCCCCCAAAAGAAGUGCUGCCGCUGGUCUUCUGGAGCGAUGGCUGAAGCAGGAGAAGGAGGAAGAGCCCAUGGCCAAGCGGCCUCACAGCCAGUGACAAACUGAGAGCCCAGGCCACAGUGGGCUGCGUUGAAUACUGCUAGGACCAGUUGGAGUGCCUGCAUCUACUUGGGGAGGCAGGGCCACCAUGAUCCCGGACAGUUGUGGGUUCAUGAGGAACAUGGGGUAGAAGUAAGGGUUUUUUGUUUUUGUUUUUGUUUUUGUUUUUGGUGGUGGUGGUUCUUCUGAGGUAGGGUCUCACUGUGGCCCAGGCUGACCUGGAAUUCACUGUGUGGUCUCAGGGUAGCC